UAUGGACUUAGAGGGUUGCGAGUGGCUAGUGAUAAUAUGAUAUGAUAUAGCUUCACUAUUCACGGACAUCUUGAAUAGAGAGAGAGAGAGACAGAGAGAGGGGAAUAACCACUCUGGAGUGAAUCACUGACUAGCUCCGAAGCUCGUUGAUCAUUCGCCCUCCUUUUCUGGGUCUUGAUGAGAGAAGAUAAGGAGAACCCAUCUGAAAUUUACAGCUUCCAUGACAAUAAAGGACUCGAGAAUAACACUGUUGACUCGAACAAGAAAAGGAAAUUACAGGCAGGGCAAUUGGAUUUUCCUAUACCAAAGCAUAAAUGCUGGGAUCGCAGCUUUGCUUCUGAACCGGUCUUUGUGUUUGACAAAAAUCCUGAGGUAGAAAGCAUAUUUCCUAACAUAAUAACUGGGAAAACAGAAGGAGCAGCCAUGGAUUAUGGGGCAGAACCUGAAUCAGGGAAAGACAGCAAUAGUUUUGGUGGCGAUUCCGACUCUGCAACGUCUUCAUAUGGUGAAGCUAAAGUCCAAUUAAAAAAAGACAAACUUGCAUUUCUGAGUGGAGAGCAUCCUAGCCAUCAUGAUGAAUUACAAGCAUUUCAGAAUCUUGAGGAGCACCUCGUAGAUUUCUGUGAUCAAGUAGAUUACACUAGCUCUGGAUAUGGAAACAACUGCAUUGAACAGCCCACAGAUAACGAACUUGAAGACAUACUCUUAUCCCACCGGAUUAACCCAACAAAUAUGUACGUUCUUUCAUCCGGAAGAUGGACUGUAGGCCAAGAUGCUCAACCAGGCAUUAGGAAAGAAACCAUCGAUCAAGAAUUCGAGCAGUUCUUUUCCAAGCUUAUGCUGUAGCAAUAGUUUAACUGAAAGCGUGUAUAUUUCUAAAUAUCUUUGUUGCAUAUACAUUCGAGUCUUAUGAUUGUUAUCAUGAAAAUCAUGUAAAACAGCUUGUUAUUUGUAACCAUCCCAUUCCAACGUACGAUCCUCUUCGAAGCUGAAUGUGAGGCUAACUUGAUAGACCCCAAAGCUUUUGGAAAUGUGUGGACAUGGAGAAUGGGAGUUAUUGUGUAAUAGAGGACAGUUAUUUGCCUGCCCAAGAUCGUGUACAGCGGUUAUUUUUAGACUAGCAGUUAUAAUGUUAACCAUUACCAUAUGUGUGACUAUGUAGAUACGUGGCAACUGAAUAGGUGCAUAUAUAGCAUUUA